UGGCCCGCUGCUCCACUUUCCUCCGUCGGUGUUGUUUUUAUUCAUUUUAUGUGCAUAUAUGCUCUCUGACCGUCUGCAUUGUCGCCGCCGACAGAUGCAUCGUGCUCACUUUCUGUGUUUGCAUUGGGAAUUGCAGCGGAUGCAGGCGGCCUAAUAACGCGAUCUUCUUCUUUUUGUGUGUGUGUGUGUGUAUUUUGUUUUUCUUCAUCUGCUCCGCAGCGAUCCGCUUUCCGGCGCAAAGAAGACGAAGGCAUGCCGUCGCUGAGCAUCCGCCGCGCCGCCUGACUGAUCAUGAUGAAGACCGAAUCCACAUCCAAGAGCGCCGGCUCCACGCUCAGGAGCGCGUCCCCGCACAGGAACGCCUACGAGGCGGGGAUGCAGGCCCUGAAGCCCGUCAAAGACAGCGCCGCCAACGGGGACGUGCAGGAGGGCCCCCGCGGGCGCAGGUACGGCUCCAACGUGCACCGUAUCAAAAACAUGUUCCAGCAGAUGCAGAGCGCGCCGCAGGCCGACGCCGAGGGGGGCGAGGACGCUGCCGCCAGGAACGCGGACAAAUCGGUGCGCCUCUCCCUCCCCAGAGCCGGGAGCCUGAACGAGAACGUGGACCACAGUGCGCUCCUCAAGCUGGGAUCCACGGUGUCCGAGCGCGUCAGCAAGUUUGACCCCGGCAACGGCCACCAGCGGGCCUCCUCUCCCAGCUACUCCAAGCUGCAGGAGACCCGCCGCAUCUUUGAGCAGCAGCAGCAGCAGCAGCAGCAGGAGAAGCAGCAGGAGAAGCUGGCCACCACCAGGGUCCUGCUGAAGACCGACAAGGCCUCAGGGUUCCAGGAUGGCAGGCUGGACGUGGUGGCUCGCUUCAACGGCAGCACGGAGUCUCUGGACAGCCUGGACACCAGUGAGGCCGUGUCCCCGACCGUCAGCCAGCUCAGCGCCGUGUUCGAGCGGGCGGCCGAGCUGAGAAAUAACCUCCACCGCUUGUCCUCUGCCCCGCCACUGCCUUCCAGGGGGGUCAGCGCCAAGGUGGGAGUGUUGAACUCCAAAAUCAUCACAAAGAGGGUUAGUGCCUUUGCAGAGCAAGAGGUUCGCAGUCAGAAGGUCCAAGAGGGGCCUGCAAGGGCCUCCAGAGGGAAACCGGCCCCCCAGUCUGACCGUAUCAAUGGAAGGUACCAGAGCGCCCCAACUGCUGAACAUUCCAUUGUUGUGGUGGAAUCAAGCGGGCAGAAAGAAAAGACUUUUUCGGAUGCUGGCGUUGAGGUCAAACCCGAGGACAGCUCUGAGGAUAAGGAGGCCUGCAGGAGAACGCUGCAAAACGAGGCCCACGCCUCUGUAGAGAACGGAGAAAGCACCGCCGAGCAGAUGCAUGGAAGAUCUCCGGCAUUGAUCGGGCAGGAAGGGCAGACCGCGAACACUAAGGAUGAGGAGGAGGAAGACAGGACUCUCAGAGACGACCAGUCAGGGCGGGACUCGGUGGAUAUCAGUAUCUACAGCGCGGUUGGGGAGGACUUAGGGGGCAGUCAGGUGGAUGAGGAUGAAGAUGAAGGUGAAGGUGAUGAGCAGUAUGAGCCUGAGUCCAGCUGUGUAGAGAUCGCUGGGCUGCCUGUGGAGGAGGAUCCGCCCCCUGCCAGAAAGAUCCGCUUCAGCAUCGAGCCCAUCAAGGUGUUUGCCACCUAUCCCAACGAGGACUACGACAGGCGUAAUGAAGACGUGGAUCCCAUGGCAGCAUCUGCUGAAUAUGAGCUGGAGAAGAGGGUGGAGAGGCUGGACCUGUUCCCCGUGGAGCUGGAGAAAGAUGGUGAUGGUCUGGGCAUCAGUAUCAUUGGGAUGGGUGCAGGUGCAGACAUGGGCCUGGAGAAGCUCGGGAUCUUUGUCAAGACUGUCACAGAAGGAGGGGCAGCACACAGAGAUGGCAGGAUCCAGGUGAAUGAUCUGAUCGUGGAGGUGGAUGGGACCAGCCUGGUGGGAGUCACUCAGAGUUUUGCUGCCUCCGUACUAAGGAACACCUCAGGAACUGUCAAAUUUGUUAUCGGGCGGGAGAAGCCAGGGGAACAGAGUGAAGUGGCCCAGCUCAUCCAGCAGACCCUGGAGCAGGAACGCUGGCAGAGAGAGAUGAUGGAGCAGCGCUACAACCAGUACAUGGAGGAACAAGAGGCUGGUGAGUAUGGUACAGAUGAUGAGGAAGAUGAGGAUGUCAGUCCACCCUAUCCUAGUGCCAUUGAGGUGUUUGACCUAGCAGAGAACGAGGACAUGUCCCCUCUGGAGACAGACCCGGAGAAACUGGCCCACAAGUACAAAGAGCUUCAAAUAAAGCAUGCUGUGACCCAGGCUGAGAUCCAGCAGCUAAAAAGAAAGCUGCACCAUGCGGAGCAGGAGAAGCAGCGCUGGCGCAUGGAUAAAGUCCAGCUGGAGCAGACCCUGCAGGAGAACAAGGAGCGCAUGGAGAAGCUAGAGGGCUACUGGAUGGAGGCGCAGAGCCUGUGUCAGGCUGUGGACGAGCACUUGAAGGAAACACAAGCCCAGUAUCAGGCCCUGGAGCGCAAGUAUAGUAAAGCCAAACGCCUCAUCAAGGAGUAUCAGCAGAAGGAGAUCGAGUAUCUGAAGAAGGAGACGCAGCGUUGUGCACAAGUUGGAGCUGAGGCUUCUCCCCUUAAAGAGGAGUCUGGGCACCUCCAAGAGCUGGCACAGGAGGUGGCCGACUCGGAAUGCAAAGUGGAGGAGCUGAAAUCUGAACCGCUAUAAAAGUCUUUAUUGUGCAUCUCAGAACUCCAUUAGAUGAAAGCGGUGGUGUCAUACAUGCAGGGUAGUUCUUGUCUGGAACGUGAGCUUGGUUUGUGGUCGCAUACCGUGUGUCAAGCUUUAUAUUUCUGCCAGUUGACCUUUUUAGCCAUGAUUUUGUUCACAUUUGAUAACUGAGGAGAGUAUUUGUGACAGCGUCACCGACUCAACCUUGUGCCGAAUUCUAAACUGUUCCUUUCAAAUUUCAGUAUUUGCUUAAUUUGCAUUUGUGUGAAAACAGGUUGUUGCUUUCAAUUGCCAAAAAAGAAAAAAACAAACCCCAUACCCUUUGUUUUUCGCCCAUCUAGUGACCUUACUUUCUCAGUUGUACAGAUGUGAGACUGUGGUUUAACAAUCAGUUUGGUUUGUACAAAUUUCUAGGAUAGCAUUAACAUAAACUAAUGAGAUUGUGGGUCAUUGUAUAUUUUAUGUGAUAAAGACGUGAACAUUUGAAGGAGAUUGGUGCUUCACUGGAAUGGAGGAACAGACGCCGAGGGAUAUUCUGAACUGUUCAAACAGUAACCCAGCCUUUGUAGGGGUCACGUCACUUUACCUUCAACACCUGCUGCCUACCUUUCAGAAGUGUUUGUGCAUUUUUCUUU